UAAUAUUCUUAUAAAUUUCUUCGAAGCACAUGAUUGUUUCAAAAACAUAUAAUUUUUUGUUUUCAAACAACAAACCGGAUAAAUUAUAGGCAGCUCCCUCCAUGGGACUGCACGGGAUCUGAUGUAAAGAGCCUUGAAAAUUCUUUGAAUGUUCCAACUCAAAAUUUAAACCGUUAGGUUCAGAAUUUCUCGGCACUCCAUUUUUAAAUUUUGUUUUCUUGUAACUGAAGAAGGUUCUCCAAAUUGCACUUGAUAGUUAAUGGGAUCUAGUUUUCCAGCUCUGCCAUGGGUUCUGCAAUGGCAUUCGGUAUAAUCAAAUACUACCACUUACCCCCAGUUUAAAUGGCAUUUGGUAUACGUAAACAAUCAUUUUCCACACUCAAACCAAACUCUACGUUCCAAUCCAUCAAUGCUCAAUGCUCUAAAGGAAGUCAAUUGGAAGAGGCAUUGGAUUCACUGUACCAGCAAGGCAGAAAAGUAUUAGCUCCCCAAGACUAUGCUUCUCUCUUGCAGACAUGUACCCAAACGAAAGCCAUCUCAGAGGGCACUCAAUUGCAUGCCCACAUGCUCAGAAGCGGGAUUGAAAAAAACCGUUUUUUGGAAACUAAACUUGUGAGCUUGUAUGUUGCCUGUGGAAGAAUUUUCAAUGCCAGACUAAUUUUCGAAAAAAUGUGCAGUGAAAAUGUCUUUGUAUGGAAUGAAAUGAUCAGAGGAUAUGCGUGGAAUGGACCAGAGGAGGAAUCCCUUGCAAUGUACUACAAAAUGCAAGAGGUAGGCAUAAAACCCAAUAAUUACACAUAUCCUAUUAUGCUCAAGGCUUGUUCAAGUCUAUUGGCUUUGGAAGAGGGCAGGCAAAUUCAUUACGAUAUAAUUAGGAAUGGGUUAGAGUCAGAUGUUUAUGUGGGUGCUGCACUAGUAGAUAUGUAUGGCAAAUGUGGAAGUGUUGAGGAGGCACGCCAACUGUUUGACAAAAUGUCUAAACGAGAUGUUGUGUCCUGGAAUUCUCUGAUUGCAGGAUAUACUCAGAAUGGAUGUGCCAAAGAAGCUUUGCAGAUAUUUUGUCAAAUGCAAGAGGCAGAUGUCAAACCUUCUGCUGUUACCAUGGCGAUUGUGCUUCCAGCAUGCACCCAACUAGCAGAUUUGAAACAAGGAUACGCACAGAAUGGAUUUGGUAAUGAUGCCUUAAACCUCUUUCAUCAGAUGCAACUAAACAACAUCACACCGGACUUUCCGUCAAUUGUAAGUGUGCUCCGGGGAUGUGCCCAUUCAGCAUCUGUGCAACAGGGUAAGUCUAUUCAUGCCUACAUAGUUCACAGUGGAUUUGAUGAGGAUAUAAAUGUAGGCAAUUCCCUUGUAGCUAUGUACGCUAAGUUUGGAACUACAGAGGAUGCGUUUCAGUUCUUUGAUUCUAUGCCUAAGAGAGAUGUGAUCUCAUGGAAUGCAAUGAUUGCUGGUUAUGCCCAAAAUGGGCAUGCCUGUGAGGCAUUGACAGUGUAUCAACACAUGCAAAACCAAAAUGUGAAGCCCGAUGUAACAACUAUGGUGAGUGUGCUUCCAUCAUGUGCCGAUUUAGCUGCUUUGCAACAAGGCAAGUAUAUCCAUGGAUAUAUACUUAGAAAUGGACUUGAGCUGAGUAUUUCGAUGGGGAAUGCUCUUAUAGACAUGUAUGCCAAAUGUGGGAGGGUACAAAUGGCCCAUCGGUUAUUUGAUAGAAUGGCUGUAAGAGAUAUUGUUUCCUGGAAUGUAAUGAUAGGAGGGUAUGGAUUGCAUGGGCACAGCAAUGAAGCGCUCCAACUUUUUUCUCAACUGCAACAAGAUGGCAUUAAACCAGAUCACAUCACUUUUAUAUGUGUUCUAUCUUCAUGCACUCAUGCUGGUCUUGUGGAUGAAGGUAGGCAGUUCUUCAAUACUAUGAACAGAGACUAUUGUAUUACCCCAAGGAUGGAACAUUACAUAUGUAUGGUUGACCUUCUUGGGCGUGCUGGAUAUCUGGAUGAGGCACAACACUUCAUCAAAAGUAUGCCAUUUGAACCUGCUGCUGGCAUAUGGGGUGCUUUACUUGGUGCCUGCAGAAUUCACUGCAAUGUUAAGCUUGCAGAACAUAUAGCUGCACAUCAUCUUGAGUUGGAGCCUCAUAAUAUGGGAUGCUAUGUGCUGCUUUCAAAUAUCUUUGCUGCAGCUGGAAGGUGGCAUGAUGCGGAAAAGGUGAGGGCAGUGCUAAAAGACACGGGAUUGAAGAAGAACCCAGGACGCAGUUGGAUAGAGAUUAAGAGUAAGGUUCAUACAUUUGUGGGAGGAGACAGAUCACAUCCCCAGUCAGAGAAAAUUUAUGCUGUCUUGGGCUGUUUGAUUAGAGAGGCGAAGAAGGAAGGAUAUACACCUGACAAGAGUCUUGUGAAUCAAGAUGUCGAAGAAGAGGAGAAAGAAAACAUUAUAUUAAGCCACAGUGAGAAGUUGGCUAUUGCCUUUGGGUUCAUUGAAACAAGCCCUGGAACGCCUAUCCAGAUCACCAAGAAUCUCCGCAUCUGUGGUGACUGUCAUUGGGCCGUCAAGUCCAUCUCUAAGAUUGUAAGACGAGAAAUUAUUCUGAGGGAUAUAAACCGAUUCCACUGUUUCAAGGAUGGAUUGUGUUCUUGUGGAGAUUAUUGGUAAUGAUUAUUACAACAAUAUCGAUGAACUUCCAUACUUAUACAUGUUUUUCUGAAGAUUUCUUCUAGAAAUGCAGACUAAAUGUCAUCGUUACACAAAUAAUGAGCUAUACAAUUUGUUAAUACGAAGCCAGUGUAAUAACUUGUGC